AUGGAAGGUAAUAUAUUUAAUAUGAUAUUAGAAACUGAAAUAUAAUCAGAAUUAAUUGGACACUAUAUUGAUAAAAUAUUACCUAGUCCAGUUAGAGAGGUUCAUGAAACAUUUUUGAAAAGGUUAAUUGAAGAAGGGAAACCAAGAUUGUUAAAUAAUGGAAUAUAAAAAUUUUAUAUAACUACAAAUAAAGGUUAUAUGAAGGAGAUAGAUAGUCUAGUAAGAUUAGGUUAGAAUAUGGAAUGUCUAACUUUUAUGACAAUUAUGGGAUACAAAUAAGAAGAUAAUUGUGGUAAAAUCUUGUUAAAUUCUAAUGGAACUGUAUAUUCAUAUUCAGAAUAAGCUAUUAAUUUACUUUAAUUAAAUAGAAUUUUAAAUCUUGAUCAUAAAAUCAAUUUAAAUUUGAAGAUUUGCAUUCCUAUUUCUUAAAAUAUCAAUGAAUUAUGUGAUGGAUUUAUUCUUAUACCUAAAGUUAAUUUAAUGAAAUCAGAUUAUAGUUUUAAGAAGAUACAUUCAAAUAAUAUAAAUUAAAUUUCCUUUUAUAAAUAUUUCCUUAAACAUCCUAAAAAAUGUAGUUUAUUUGUUGCAAUAUAUAAAUUUUGUAACUCAUCUUAUGAUGAUAAUAAAUUAUAAUAUGAAACUCUUAAUAUUUUUUAAUCCAACGAGAUAAAAGAACUUGAAAUUAAAAUGAUGACUUUAGAAUUAAUGCUAAAAUAAGUAAUGAUUCUAAAUAAUGUCUAAUCUGAAAGUUAUAUAACUAGUUAUACCACUUUUAAAUCAAUAAUCCCAGAAACUUAUUAAUUUACUAAAACUAAUAGUGGAAAGAGUCCUUCUUAUGAAGAUGAAAUGAAUGAUAAAAAUUUUGCUAUUAGCAAUGAAAGUAUUCAUAUUUAAUAGGAUCCUUAAAGUAUAUCACUUCAUUAAUUUUUUAAAUAAGAAUAAGAUUAAAAAAUGUUUCUUAAUUCAAAUAAUCAUUCAUCUAUAAUUGCAAAUUCAUUUUAAACUUAAGAUUUAUUGAUUUCACCUUUAAGAAUUAAUGAUGAAUUGAGCAAUAGAAAUAGCAAAAUAGAAAAUUAAUAAUUAAUAUAAAAUUAGUUAAAUAAUGGAGAAACACAAAUAAAUUAAUAUUUAGCUAUUAAGGAAGAUGAUGAUGUAGAAUCACCAAUAUAAUUCAAAGUAGAAAUGGAGAUGUAAGUUUCUAUUAAAGAUUUAACAGAUUAAUAAAUGAAAGAAUAGACAGAAUGGAUAAAAUCUUAAAUUAGAAUAAAUAAAUAUCAAAACUUAAAUAAAUAAUAAAAAAUUGUACCUACUGCUAUGAAAAAGAAAUCUAAUCAUAAACUUACCCUUCAAUAAUAAUCUUCUUCAGUCAAAAGUACUGAAUCUUAAAAAGGUCUUAUAAAUCACAUUAUUAAUGGAAUGCUUUAAUCAAGUCCAAAUCAAAUAUAUAGUAUUAUAUUUGUUGCACUUAUAUACACUAUAUUUUUAAUAAUAAUUGUUGUAUUAAGUAUUUUAGCUAUUAAUGAAGAUAUUCGUAAUAUUUUUCUAAAAUCAGCUGGUGGUUAAUUUUCUAUAACCUUUUUAUAAAAUAUUAAUUUAAUGGAAAUAUCCAUUCAUUUAUUAGCAAAUGAUCACCAAUUUAAAGCUCCUUAAUUUUUUAUUAGUAAUUCUACUGAUGAUUAUAUCUCUUAAAUUAGGAAUUAUAAUGAUAGAGAAUUUAUUAAUCCAGAAAUCUUAUAAAAUUUAGAAAAUGUACCAAUUUGCAUUCUUCAUACAUUUAAUGAUUAUGGAAAUUAAGUAAAAUCUUGUUUUAAUACCAGAGAUUUCUUAGUAUAUAGAUUACCAUUAUUAUUUCAUAGAAUAACAGAGGUUGUUGAGUUUUAAUAUUCAGAAUUUAAUCUCUCCAAUAUGGAAGAAAGUUACUUUUCAUUCAAUUAUCCAACUUAUUUUGAAUUAGCUACUAAUUUAAUUAAUUAAACUAAUGAAGAAAUGAGCAAAAGUUAAAAUAAUUCUUUGAAUAUUGCAUCUGUUUAUGUAAUUGUAGGUUUAAGUUCUUGUCUUAUAGCUGCUUUUUUAAUUCUUAUUGCCGAGAUAAAUAUUGCUAAAUGGAGAGUUGCUAUUAUUAGAACUCACUUUUUAUUUUAAAAUUUGUAUCAAUAAUUAAUAGAUUAAAAUUAUGAAAUUUAAAUAAUAUUAGAGGUUGAUGAAUUAUCACAUAUGAAAUAUAAUCUAUUAAAAUUAGAUAAAACUGCUUAGUAAUCUCUAAAAUAAGAAUAAAGAAUUGCUGAUCAUCGAUUAAAAAAAUAAUUUUGGAUUAGAUAAUUUUUUUUGAUAAUUCUAUUAGGUGCAUUAGAAUUAAUUUAUUUCAUACCUUAUUAUGAAUUAUUUAAAAAUUAAGUUUCAUAAGUUAUUAAUUUUCAUAAUGACAUAUAAUAUUUAGGACUUACUCAAAUUGCAUUUAGUAAUCGUUUAAUUCAUUUUAUAUAACAAUAUGCUAAUCCAUCUUAUUAAGUAGAUGAGAAAAAAUUUCAAUUAUAUGAUGAUCUAUAUACUAAUUAUGAACAUAGAUAUUUAUUUGAAUUACCCUAUGAUGAUGAACAUGAUACAUAUUCACUUACAUAUAUUGUAAAUAAUGACAUUUGUGAAAUGAAUACAAUACUUCCAAUGAUUUAAUUAGGUUAUACUUGUCCUUAUAUAUUAUAAUAAGGGUAUUCUAAAUAUUUGAUUAAUUCACAAAAUGUAUUAAGAACCAUGAAAUCAGAUUAUGAUAAUAAUCAGGAAUUUAUGUAAAUUUUAAAAGAUCAAGAUUUUUUAGAUAUUAUAAUAGCCUAUGGUUUUGUGUUUCCUUAAUUUAAUUUCAACAGAGAUAAUAUUUUUAUUAAUUUUAAUAUCUUUAAUGAGAAUUCAAGAGCUUAGGCUAUUUUAAUGGCCACUUUAAUUCUUAUAGCCAUUUUGAUUGUAUUUUUACUCAUUAUUUAUGGGAUUUCUAAACAAUUUCUAAAUAUUAUUAUUGGAGUCAAACUUUCACUAUUAAUAUUUUCAAAAGAAUAAUUAGCAAGAAAUAAACAUCUAGUUUAAGUUUUAAGUUAAGAAGUAACGCUUGAUUGA